AUAUUUCAGCUCCGUUAUAUAACUUCCCCCCAAAUUAGGGUUUUUAGUUCUACCCUGUGCAGCCACCUUUAUCAGAAAUCAAAAGGAGUAAACCUCAGAUUCCAAAUCGGAAAAAAGAAAAUGGUGAAGGGACGCCAAGGGGAGCGAGUCAGACUCUAUGUAAGAGGAACCAUCUUGGGUUACAAGAGGUCGAAGUCAAACCAGUAUCCGAACACUUCAUUAAUCCAAAUUGAGGGAGUUAACACCAAAGAGGAAGUAGCUUGGUAUGCCGGCAAGCGUAUGGCUUAUAUUUACAAGGCUAAGGUGAAGAAGAAUGGUUCGCAUUAUCGCUGCAUUUGGGGCAAGGUAACUAGACCGCAUGGUAACAGUGGUGUCGUUCGUGCUAAGUUCAAGUCGAACCUUCCCCCUAAAUCUAUGGGAGAUAGAGUCAGAGUCUUCAUGUACCCCAGCAACAUUUGAGUUGUCUAGACGCCUGACGGCAUUCGAUCGAUGACUCAAGUGACUCUGCCUUUCCACCAGGUUUUACAAACUUCGUUGAAUUGUUUUGUUUUCGAACAGUCAUUUUGUUUCUUUACUACCAUAGAAACUCCGCUUUUGUCCAAAAUGUCUCUUCUAUCUCGGAUUUUUUGCGUGUUUGUUCAUGGACUUCGAAGUUUUGGGUAAUCAAUCAUUUAUGGAACUGAAUAGCAA